GAAGCUUGCUUCCUGUAAGUUUCUCCCUGUUUGACUGUUGGCUGUAUAUAUAUAUAAAGAAGCUCAUUUCUUUGAAAUGACAAAACGAAAACAUUUGUAAAGAGAUGAAAUACUUGUCUGAAAAUCUUUAGACAGAUCUUCUUUUUCUUCAUCUCUUUCUUGCAUGCGACUAUUUGUUUCGAGUUUUUUAGUAGUUAAUUCACAGUAGAAGAACCUGUUUUCGAUCCUUGUUUUUAUAAAGCCAAAGUUGUUCAGAUUUGUAACGUAGAGGAAGAGGAGGGGGAAAAAUGAGGAACGAUGAUGGGAGAGGAGCUUAUUCGGAGAACAAUUCCGACACAGAAAGCAUAGCAAGCGACAGGGCGACGUUUAGUGGACCAUUGGUCUUAGGUGGCGGCGGCGGCGGUGUUUCUAACAAAAAAUCUUCGAAAAAGAGUACAAGAUUCAACCUUCCACCGGAAAUCACCAUGGCCAAGACUAACUCAACACGCAGCGCUGCUAGUUUGGCCGGCGCUGACAAUGAUGACAGUUACGUUGAAAUCACCCUCGACAUCCGAGACGAUUCCGUGGCGGUUCACAGCGUUCAAGGCGCCGGUGGUGGAAACGAAGACCCAGAGUUGGCGUUGCUAGCUAAGAAAACUUUGGAGAACAAGUCGGCUUCGUUUCGUUCAUAUUUGUUGAGGAACACGUCGAAUCGAAUUAAACAGGUUUCUCAGGAGCUGAAACAAGUUCUUUCGAGAAGACCAUCUAACACCGGCCGGAGGUUCGACAGGACUAAAUCGGCGGCAGCUCAUGCCUUGAAAGGGCUCAAGUUUAUCACCACCAAAACUGGGGGCUCCGGCAACGGUUGGUCUUCCGUCGAGAAGCGAUUCAAUGACUUGACCGCCUCUACGAAUGGCGUUCUUCACCAAUCCCAAUUCGCCGAAUGCAUCGGAAUGAACCAGUCUAAAGAAUUCGCCACUGAGCUGUUUCAAGCGCUAGCUCGGAGACAUAAUGUAACCGGAGACUCAAUCAACAAAAUACAGCUCAAACAGUUCUGGGAUCAGAUUUCCGACGAAAGCUUUGACUCUAGACUCCAAACUUUCUUUGACAUGGUUGACAAAGACGCUGAUGGAAGAAUAACAGAAGAAGAAGUCAGAGAGAUCAUCAGUCUCAGCGCUUCUGCCAACAAACUUUCAACCAUUCAGAAACAGGCCGAAGAAUAUGCUGCUUUGAUCAUGGAAGAACUUGAUCCAGAUAAUGCCGGAUACAUCAUGAUUUAUAACCUGGAAACUCUAUUAUUACAAGCUCCAAAUCAAUCUGUCAGGGUCGGGGAUAGUCGGAUACUGAGUCAAAUGUUAAGCCAGAAACUCAAGCCAACUCAAGAGAACAACCCAAUUAAAAGGUUGUACCAGAAGACUAAGUACUUCAUAUUGGAUAACUGGCAAAGGAUCUGGGUUAUGAUGUUGUGGCUCGGCAUUGUUGGGGGCCUAUUCGCGUAUAAGUUCGUGCAGUACCGGAACAAGGCCGCUUUCGAUGUGAUGGGAUACUGUGUUUGCAUUGCUAAAGGAGGUGCAGAGACUCUUAAGUUCAACAUGGCUUUGAUUUUACUACCAGUGUGUCGAAACACCAUUACUUGGCUUCGAAACAAGACUAAAAUGGGCGUUGUUGUUCCUUUUGAUGACAAUUUGAACUUCCACAAGGUUAUUGCGGUUGGGAUUACGGUUGGGGUGAUCCUACACGGAGGUGCGCAUUUAACCUGUGAUUUCCCGAGGCUUCUUCAUGCCACAGAAGAAGAAUAUGAACCAAUGGAAACUUACUUUGGGGAGGACCAACCUUCAAACUACUGGUGGUUUGUGAAGGGAGUGGAAGGUGUAACAGGCAUUAUAAUGGUGGUGCUAAUGGCUAUUGCCUUCACACUAGCCACUCCUUGGUUCAGGCGCAACAAACUGAACCUCCCCAAGUUCCUUAAGAAGCUCACCGGAUUUAACGCGUUCUGGUAUUCGCAUCACCUUUUCAUUAUCGUCUACGCUCUCCUCAUCGUUCAUGGUUAUUAUCUCUAUUUGACCAAGACAUGGUACCAGAAAACAACAUGGAUGUACGUAGCAGUGCCUGUUAUUCUUUACGCCUGCGAAAGGUUGACUCGAGCAUUUAGAUCAAGUAUCAAGGCAGUUAAAAUUCUCAAGGUUGCUGUAUAUCCUGGAAAUGUAUUGUCACUGCAUAUGUCGAAGCCCCAAGGAUUCAAGUACAAAAGUGGGCAAUACAUGUUUGUCAACUGCUCUGCAGUCUCCCAAUUUGAAUGGCAUCCAUUCUCCAUAACUUCAGCACCUGGAGACGACUACGUUAGUGUUCACAUUCGAACUUUGGGUGAUUGGACAAGGCAGCUCAAAACUGUUUUCUCUGAGGUUUGUCAGCCUCCAGCUGCUGGAAAGAGUGGACUGCUCAGGGCAGAAGGAGACAACACUAGCUUCCCGAAGAUUUUGAUCGACGGUCCAUACGGAGCUCCGGCACAGGACUACAAGAAAUACGACGUUGUUCUCCUGGUGGGGCUCGGUAUCGGCGCCACUCCAAUGAUAAGCAUUGUCAAGGACAUCAUCAACAACAUGAGAAUGGAAGAUGAUUCAUUUCCAGGAUCUGGUUUAGAGAAUGGAAAUUACAACAACAACAACAACAAGAGCAAAGGGUUCAAAACAAGGAAAGCCUACUUUUACUGGGUGACAAGGGAGCAAGGCUCGUUCGAGUGGUUCAAAGGGAUAAUGAACGAAGUAGCCGAAAUGGACGAGAAAAGGGUGAUCGAGCUCCACAACUACUGCACCAGCGUUUACGAGGAAGGCGACGCUCGAUCGGCUCUCAUAACCAUGCUUCAGUCACUUCACCAUGCCAAGAACGGCGUCGACGUCGUCUCCGGAACUCGAGUGAAAUCUCACUUCGCCAAGCCUAACUGGCGUCGUUUACAAAAGAUCGCUCUACAUCAUCCUGACGCCAGAAUUGGAGUUUUCUACUGUGGGGCACCAGCACUAACCAAGGAGUUGAGACAACUGGCUUCUGAUUUUUCCCACAAGACUUCAACCAAGUUCGAAUUCCACAAAGAAAAUUUUUAAUGAAAUCUCUUAUACACUUUUCUAAAUUCAUUCUAAUUUUUUAGUUCCAAGUGAAUAUAGCUUUCUUUUUUUUCUUAAUUUUCCAAUUUUUUUUAUCACUAUGAGAAUUGUACUAAAAUUUUCUAUAUAUUAAAAUUUAUGCCUCUAGUUCAAUUUUCUUCAA